GAAUGCCAGCCUGGAACCGGAACCUUCCUUUCCUCUACUGGGAACCUGCAGACGAUUGGUGGUGGUGGAAUGAUCGAGGUGACCGGGCAGCUCACCUCGACCUUACCCUCCGGCGGGACCCCAUCCCCAGGCACGGGUGGAACUAGUUAUGUUGCCCCCUCGCUGAGGGGCUGUCUGUUCAAGGGCAACAACUAAAUCCAAGGUCAGACAUGGGUGGAUGGCUGUGAGUACUCUUGUACUUGUGACAAUGCUGGCAAUGGACUAUACACUUGCCGACAAAGAUGCCCAGAAUUCAGCAACAUUCCCAAGGAGUGUCGCCUGGAGACAGACUAUAAUGACCCUUGCUGCAAGAUUCCUAUGUGUCGGUUCAUCGGGUCCCCUAUCCCCGUAAUCCCUUCAUACAAACCCAACAUCAUCGGACAAAGCAAGGUGGAGCCCCCGAAGCCCAACGAACUUUACCACGGCUCUGUGACCCUUAACGUGAUCAGUUUGACUGUCCCUGGUCGAGUUACUGCAACUACGGCACAGACAGGUGUAACAGGUGGAAAUGGUAGGCUGUUUGUUGCCGAGUUCUGCAUCUACAAAGGCCAAAUCUACCAGCAAGGUCAGCACUGGAUUGACGGUUGCCAGUACAAUUGUACCUGCGAGGAUGCUAAGACUGGAUUCUACAGAUGCAAUGACAUGUGCCCUGUCUGGAACAAUCUGCCGAACACCUGCACACUUCAGAAAGCAGCGGGAGAGUGCUGUUCUCAACCAGUCUGCCAGAAUGGACAAGUUCUCAAUCAGACAAACACGUGCUUCUACGGAGGCAACUUCUACAGAGAGGGCGAGCAGUGGCAAGAUGGCUGCAAGUACAACUGCCAAUGCAUGGACGGAAGACAGGGUUACUAUGAAUGCCAGAAACUUUGUCUCACUUGGAACUUGCCCCCCUCCUGUCAUCUAGACCCGCCCCCUUCAGGCAAAUGCUGCCAGGUUCCCGUGUGCCCAGCAAACAUUCAGCUGCAGUACCCUCCUGGAUUUGUCCAGCAUUAACGUGCACAUGACAAUCGGACUUUUGAUGUGAUUUCAUUUGUAAUAAUGUGUGAUGCAAUUACUGUUUCACAUUGUACACAAAUAAAUUAAUAGUAUCAA